CAAUAAUAAACAAACAGAACCAAUAGAUAAUACUCGAAAUGAAAUCCAAACUGAGGUAAAUGCAAAUACAGAAGCAGGGGAAGUUACUAGCAUAGAUUCAUCGCCCUCCCUUCAAAGUACAUCUGUCAAGGUCUUAGAAACUACGAAUGACAUGGAUAUUAAACCAGAACCCAAGAUACCACAUUACGAAUGGACAUGAUGAAUUUUCAACUUCAUCUGAAGAUGCAUCUUUUGAUGACGUCAAUAAGCAAACAGAAAACAUAGACAAUACUCAAAAUGAAAUAGAAAAUAUGGGAAAUGCAAAUACGAAAGCGGUGGAAGUUACUGAUACACUUUCAUCACCCUCCCUUCAAAGCACAUUUGUUAGCUUCACAGGAACUAGAAAUGACAUAGAUAUGGAAUCAGAAGUUGAGAUACCGAUUACAUAUGCACAAGUGGAAUAUUCAACGUCUGAAGAUCCAUAUCUUACAGAAGACAACUCACUUUCAUUAAGCAGUGAAUCUAUUUUAACAGAUACUGAUACAGCAUUAACAGGUGAUAAUAACCUGUUACCGGAGAGUCCAACAGCAAUUCCUUUCACACUAGAAAAGUUUCAGACAGAAAUGUUAAAUAAUGUUAAUAAUGAAUCAUUGUUAUCAUCUUUAUUUCCUGUGUCAACCAAAUAUGAAACAGAUUAUACAUCCAUCUCGUCUUCUACAUUAAACGUCGCAUUUGAAAGUACUACUGAAUCCUUAAAGAAAAAUUCAGAGUCAGGAAAAGGAAGUUUUGAAACAGAGAAGGAUCCUAAUAUCCUGCAAAAUAUUCCUCUAACAGAUUUAGAUGUUACUAUUAGUAAUGAAGAUCAGACUGAAACAUCAGAUAUUGGUUAUACAGAUAAUGAAGAUAAUAAUUCCAACAAAGUUUCAAUUAGAACAGAACGGGAUGUUUCAAUUGAUCAAGCGACAGAUUCUGAAGAAAGAGUUGAUUUAACACCUUUCGAUGAUAGUUUCAUACGUACGGAAAGAGAAGUUCUGUCUUCCAGUGAAGAAAGUUUAUCGACGAAAUACGAUGAAACGAAAGACAAUCCGCCUACUAUAAAACUAAAUACAGAUAAUUCCCUACAUUCAGAAGCAAAUGGUUUUAUUGCUCCAAACGGGGAAACUUCAGCUGUAUCACUUCCGGAAACUUCAGAUGGCACAAAAGAAUAUACCGGUGCAGAUGCUGAUAUUAAUUUUGACAUUUCUACCGAACGUGAGUUUAAAACUCCAGUGGAUGACUCUGCUUCAAAUACUAAAACUGAUACUCCAUUAACUACAAGUUUUACUCCUUUUGAUACUUCUAAGAUUCAGACGGAUGAAUCGAUUAAUGAGGAUAAAGAUAUGGAUAAAUUAACUCCGAAACUUUCAGCGGAAUCUGAUUCUCAAACAUCAAAGUCAGACGAAGAAUCAAUGCUCAAACCUAUACCCACAACUACUGAACGAGCUGAAAUAGAAACUACUAAAGAAUCUGGAACAGAAACUUCUGAAGAAUCACAGAAGGUGCAAGAUGAUGAUCAGGCUAUUUCUACAACAACUUUAAAAUUCAUUGCAACUGAGAACGAUGUACAGCACUCUAGUAUAAAUACGGAAAAGAUUCAAUCAAGAAAUAAAAUUUCAGAACCAAACCCUGAUGAAAAAAUUUUCUCGAGCUCUACUGAAAUUGCGAAUGAAUUUUCCACGUUUCUAAGUUCAACGAUGAAAAAGGAUUCUCCUCCUGAUGCUACUAUAAGCACUGUUCGUGAUAGUAGUACUGCAUCCUCGUUGUCUACAAGUACCCAAACACAAAGCACAAUGGUAACUGAAUCUGGAAUAAUACCAUUUCAUUUCACCAUUGAUGCUAAUUAUGAUGAAGUAGUGGGUACAAGAAAAGAUGAAUUUGAAAGUAGUUUGACAAAGCAACUUGCUGUAGCAAUGAGAAUUCCUUUCGAAUGUGUGCAGGAUUUAGUCGUCAGCAAAGGUAGCAUCGAAGUCAAUUUCGACAUGGUACCAAACUCGGAUCACGGACAUUUAGCUGACGAGAAAGCUAUAAAAGCUGCAGCAGAUGAACUUAUGCGGAUGAUCGACAACGGUCAGCUAACCAUCAAUGACUUGGAUGGAAACACCCUCGUGGUUGUUCCUUUGGAUCCUCCCACAAAGCCACCUCCAGCCAAUGAAAUGGAACAUACCACUCUGAUACUUGGCGUGAUUAUAGGCGCUUUUAUCCUCACUAUAAUCAUGGUGGCCAUUGCAGCUAUCGUUAUCAAGAGGAAAGCAAGUUUUAAUAGCAGACGUUUGAGUCCUUUUGAAGAGGCACGUAGCAAAAUGCCAUCUUACCGUGAAAUCCCCUUCCAAGAAGCCCUGUUCAUGAGGGGAUCUGCUCGAAAUAAACUCAUGAUGGGGAAGUAUUGCUAUAACACUGGACAGUGGCUUGGACCAGGACCAGAACCUAGAAUGUUCGACCCUCCAGAAUCUGUUGUUUAUCGUCCUCCCACAGACGAUGAAAUAACACGUACGCCCAGACCACCGACUUCUGUGAGAGAACGAUUGAAAAAUGAAUGGGAACUUGACUGGGACAGCAUGGUCUCCAGCGGAUGAUUGAAGACGUCUGUUUUUUAACUUUAAUAAAUCACUACAAGGACAUUGAAUAAUGCCAUUUUGUCUUCCAAAAUUUGUAUCCCUCAAAAUACUCGUAAUUAACAUAGAUUUAAACUUAUCAUUACGGAAAUGUCUUCAGAAGCCUAAGGCUAACUUUGAAGUAGUUGUAUGUUACUUUAUCAUAUAUUUAUUUUAUUCCUAAUCUCUUUCUACAGCUCUGUUUUUCUUUAUAUAGUUCAAUAUACAGAAUGCCCGAGAAUUGCUUGUACAAUGUCAAAUAUUGGCAAGAUUUACAAGGAUACAAGAACAAGCUUUACAUAAGCAGAUUUAUUUAUAAGCUGCGUUCUCUGAAGUACAUUUUGCUUAUAUAUAUAUACACACACAUACAUCAUUAGCAAUUCUCACAGUAUCCAAUAACAACAGCAAAUGUUUACUGUAAAUUCCUGCACAUACACAUUUUCCUUCAAUAAGCAUCCGCAAUUUUUGCCUUCAUAACGACAAUGCAAAUUGAACGCGUACCCUACAAGAGAUAUUUGACGAAUUCCUAAAGAUAAUAAAAAUAAAUAUGACUGGGGAUCUAGUUAGAUGAUGUUUCACAUCGCUUUACUAUCUCCAACAAAUUUCUAUAAAUGUUCUUGAUGGAGGAAUUCUAAAUGUUUGCUGAACUGAUUUCUGAAUUGAUUUCAACACACUAUGCUUUCUUCUACGCAUUAAUUUUAGUUAAUGUGCGACUACUCAAAAAGGUUAGUUGAAAUUAAGUUAGAGUAAAUAGGUUAGUUGAAAUUAGAUCAUAUUUAAAUGAAAGAAUAAAGCUUAAUACAAACAGAUAUUUCUCACAUGCUACGGAUAACUUUCGGUUAUCUUUUAUGAUUUUUCUAUAAGACAUUAUGAUUCAUUCCUGAGAUUAUAUGUACCUUCUUUCCCCUUUAUCCUAUAAUGUCUAUUCAGUUAUUUAAAACAUGCUGAUUUCAGAACACGGCCAUUACUAUGAUUUCUUUCAUUCGAAAAUUCCCCGUUUAUCUUGUUGCGAUUAUGCAGCAUUGCACUUAGUAACAUGUAAUUAACAUGGAUGUAUGUCAAGUAUAAUUAUAAUGUCGUGUAUGAUUAUAAUAUUCAUAAACAUCAUAUUGUUCACAAGAAAGAAGAGAUGUGCAGAAAUAUAUCAUAUUUCAUAUACUGCAUUUAUUGACAGACAUAAUUUUAAAUAAUUUUAAAUUCCUUUCACAUGCAAUGUGUCUCCGUUAUAUCGAAUACACCUUAUGAUCAGAAUUUUUAAUACCUCUUUUCUAAAGAAGCGAUAUAGACUUCGUUUUUCGUUCAGAAUAAGUAGAAAAAAACUGAAUGACUUUUCUCUCUGUAUUUAUCAAGUUACGCAUGCAUAUAUUUAGUCGUUCUCUUGCAAGUAAUCUUUGGAAAUGUAUCAAUUAUUUUGGGACACUUCUAUGCUGCUUUUAAUCUAGUUCGUUUUGAUGUACUAAUCAGCAAUAUAGUAUUACAUUUUGAAACGUAAAGUUAAUAUUUUAUGCCAUGUGGAUAGGAAGCACAAUAUUAUUAAAUGCUCAUCUGCUAAUGAAACUUUUGACAUAUUUGUACAUUACGAAAAACAUCAUAUUACCUCGAUUAAGAUCCUUAUGAUGUUAAGAAAGGCUACAGAAUUUAUUAAUACUGUAGUUACUAUAAAUCAAAGUAAAACGUGUUUUCUUAAAAUUACGAGUAAAUAUAUUAUUUAAUGUAUAGAAAUAUAUAAGCUGUUACAACAUUAAAUUAUUUCACAGACAGGUUAAGAAUUUAAAUUAGACUAUUUGUUAUCAGUUUGAGCUUUAUCAGUAUGUAUAAUGUAAUAGAUAUUUAUAAAUGUGGGCAAAUGAACAAAUAUAUUAAUAAAUAGUCUUAACAUUUGGA